CCGAGGUGCCGCCCAGCGCCCUGGCCGCGGCCCUACCAGGGCCCUAGGGCCGCCGCAGCCGGAGCCCGGAGCCUCGCGCCCGCCUCUCCGAUGGGCAACCUGCUCGGCGGGGUCGGCGUGCGCGAGCCCACCACCGUGGAGGACUGCGACUCCACCUGGCAGACGGACUCGGAGCCCGAGCCCGAGGAACCGGGGCCGGGCGGCGGCGAGGGCCCGGGGCGGGAGCCCGCGCAGCCCCCGGAGCCCUCAGAGCCCCCGGAGCGAGCCGGCGGCCGGCCCCGCGCCAGCCCCGCGCCCGACCGGGACGCCGAGGCGGCGGGCGCCGAGCAGGGGACUGAUUCCACUGAAGUACCUGCCAAACCAAAGAGAAGUUUUUAUGCUGCGAGGGAUUUGUACAAAUACCGACACCAGUACCCACAGAACUUCAAAGAUAUCCGAUAUCAAAAUGACUUGAGCAAUCUUCGUUUUUAUAAGAAUAAAAUUCCAUUUAAGCCUGAUGGUGUUUACAUUGAAGAAGUUCUCAGUAAGUGGAAAGGAGAUUACGAGAAGCUGGAAUACAGCCACACCUACAUCCAAUGGCUUUUCCCCCUGAGAGAACAAGGCUUGAACUUUUAUGCUAAAGAACUAACUACGUAUGAAAUUGAGGAAUUCAAGAAAACAAAAGAGGCAAUUAGAAGAUUCCUCUUGGCUUAUAAAAUGAUGUUGGAAUUUUUUGGAAUAAAACUGAUCGAUAAAACUGGAAAUGUUGCUCGGGCUGUUAACUGGCAGGAAAGGUUUCAGCACCUGAACGAGUCUCAGCACAACUAUUUAAGGAUCACUCGUAUUCUGAAAAGCCUCGGCGAGCUUGGAUAUGAAAGUUUCAAAUCUCCUCUUGUAAAAUUUAUUCUUCAUGAGGCUCUCGUGGAAAAUACCAUCCCCAAUAUUAAACAGAGCGCCCUGGAGUAUUUCGUGUACACAAUUAGAGACAGAAGGGAAAGGAGAAGACUCCUGCGGUUCGCCCAGAAACAUUACACGCCCUCGGAGAAUUUUAUCUGGGGACCACCCAGGAGGGAACAGCCCGAGGGCAGCAAAGCCCCGAAGACCCCCGCCCCGCCCACCUCGGGGCAUCACAGCCAGACGUCUAUGCACAAAAAACCCAAGGACUCCAAAAAUCCCUCUGCAGCUGUGCGUGUAAAUAGCAAAGCUGCCGAAGACAAAAAAGUGGCACCCGGGGAGCCGGGGGAGGAGACAGACUGGCCCAGCUCAGAGGCCGGCAGUGAGGCUGCCAGGCCAGGAGACGCAGGGAGAGAGAGUGACGCCGCCAAUUCCAGUCCUCAACCAGAAGAGACAAUUGCUCAGGCGCCGGAGAAAAAGGAGAGUGCGUCUCCCUCUGAAAAAGAUGCAGAGCGUGCCAACCGUAACAAGGACUGUGAAAGUCCUGGAGAGACAGGUUCCCACGAUGAUGCACUAUUACAGUGAAUUGUCAGGAAGCCCACAAACCCGUGUGCGUGAGGAACAGAGGCCACGUUUCGGAGGGUCGCCGGCUGUUGGUGAUCUCUGUUGUAAGCAUUAGGUUGUCACUUGGUUUUGAUUUUGGAUGACAGUGAAUUUAAUAUUUAGCCAGAAGUCUGAAGACGGGACCCAGUUAAUGAAUGUAUUCUGUGACACUUUGGGCAUGUGAGUUUUCGAAUCCUGUACACAACAAUUACUUUUAAACUAUUUUCAGUGUAUCUGGAAAUAAUCAUGGAGUCUUCGAUACAGCAAAUAAAUUCUUUGGAGAGACUCCACUCUACACGAAGAAAAUCAAGAGGAUCAUUUCGUUAGGUUGCCACCCCUUUGCCCGAUUUAUGGAUUCCUUUUUUUUUUUUUAAGCUGCGAGAAAGAAUUUGGUCUUCUCAGAUGUAUUCGGAAGAAAUUGGGAGUUUUUUCAUUACAGCACCUCAGCAAGCUUCUUUUUAGUUUCUGGUAAGUGGGAUGGAUGUUCUUGGGGAGAUAUACUUGCCCCUCCCCGUUUGUCGGUCCUGCUGUUUUUCCUCUUCCCCCUCUCCAUUCUCUCCCUAUUGGCCACCUGUGUCAGCUGGCACGGUUGCAUUUCUAGUGUACAUUCGGAUGACCUACCUACAGUGACAUUUACAUGGCAUAGAGGGGACUGUCGCCUGUAUUAUUUCAAGAAUUUGUUUUGUCUAAAAUAAUAAAAAUGGUUUUCUGUGUUAAGUGCUUAAAAACAAAUUUUGAUGCAAAAAUCCAAGAAGAGAAUUUUGCCUUCUGUGGCUGUUCUGUACAAAUUUGGUGCUUGUUUCUGAAUGCAAAUGACUGAAGAAUUAAAAAAUAAGAAAGGAAAUUAUUCGUUUUCAAAAGGCAUGCGUCUGGCACCGGCAACAAGGCAGUGGUGCCUAAAACCAUGAAUAUCUCAGUGUUACGUGGCCUCUGACAUUAAUAUGGCUUAGUCCACAGUAUAUCUUUAGAAAAAAUAUAAUCUGCUGCAUCUUUAAGUUGUCAAAGCUCGAAACUGAGAACAGACUGGACAUCCCAUAUAUUCAGUUUUAGUAAGCACUGAAUGUGUUAAUAUUGGGUAAGAGCAAAUAACUUUCUUGCUCAUACUAUCAUUACUAAUUAUUACACAUUCGAAAACAAACACUGUGGUGAGAGCUUCAGAGCAUACGUACAAAUAUAGUGAAAGCAAUUCACAGAAAAAAAAUUUUUUCCUUUCAUUUCAUUUAGAAAGGAAUUGGCUUUUGUGUGUUUCUUAGCCUCUUGAGGGAAGUUCUAUUCACUUUAACCCUCAGCGAAUUUUUACUAUGUCCUAUUUUUAAACCACAUUAUGUCAUCUUCUGUAACCUUUAUUGAUCAGAGGAUCUUUAGCAGAGGGUUUCUAGAAAAUAAACACACAAGUGGUAUGCUUUAGAAGGGUUUCAUUGCCUUGAAGUUUACGUGAAACAUCAUUGUUGAUCAAAUCUGACUUAUUUUAUAUGAAUGUUAGUAACGCUCGUUUUAGAUAUUGUAUUCCAGUAAAUAUAGAAUAUUUUCUCACUAUCAUUUCUCAUAACAUGACAGUUUUUGCUUUCUUCUGUUUUGUGAAGUGAGCAUUAGGGUUUGGGGAAACAAUUCUGCUUUUGCAUUUCAAUUUCUUUUUUUUUUACAUGGACCCUGUAAUGGCCCCAUGGAGCUCAAUAAACAGUUUUACAGCUUAGGGCAUGGGAGUAGGUUGUCACAUUGGGCUGAAUUGUAGGAAUAUGAUUCAUUUGGAAUACCUUACCAACUUUGCAUACAUGAUAAGGUGUUCACACCACUUUCUAAAUGCAUAAUGUUAAAAUUUUGUGACCAGAUAUUAAAAUAUUAAGAAGUGGACAGAUACUAAAAUAAAUGGAUAUAAUCUGAAUCACUUAGAAACUAGUAGUAUUUCAGAACCCUUAGAAGUAAAAAUGUUUCAUUCAGUAAUUUAACUUUUAGCAUAUUCCUAAUUAGGGAUUUGAUUAGAUUGUACUGUUUAAUUUGAGAAUAUUUAGUCUCAAGGGAAAACUGCCUGGCUUCCACUUAAAACAGUGGCCUUUUUCUACCAUGCUGUUUUGAGAUGCAUACUCACAUGAAACAGUAUGAUUCCUACGUUUAAUCUGUAAAUAACUUAUGAGAGAAUUCUUCAGUGGAAACAAGUGAGAGGAUGGCAUUCCUUUUGCAGAUAAAAAUUAUGAACAUCUAGAGUUUUUUUCCAUUAAGAAUACUCUGUACAUUCAAUAGUUUUAAAAUAAGAUCUAUAGGUGUGUCUUUAGGUGUGUGUGUUACGACAUGAAACAACCCUCUGGGUUUGACUGUGAUGUUUUGUAUGUUUAAAAACAACCAUGUGCUUGCAGAAACUUACUAAGAAGCUGUUAUAAAAACGCAGUGGAGCAUGGCCAAAUACCUAGCAACUUUAUGGAAUUUUUGUGAAUAUAUAGACUUUAUCAUUGUACCAUGGACUGUGAAGAUACUCAGUAUUGGCUAUUGAUAAAAUACUAAUUUGCAUUUCAGGCAAAUACAUGUUAUACCGCUUGGUUAGUCUAGUAUAUUUCUAAUAUUUUGUGCUUUCAUAUCGCAAAGGAGAUGAUAUAUGUGAAAAUAUUUUGAAAUACUGUAAAGUGAUAUAUAAUGACAAGAUAUAUUUCUGUAGAGAAAAAGUUGAUAACAUUAAGAGUAUUGUACCAUUAUACAUUCUUAUGCUCAAUCUCAUAAAAAACUGAAAAGAAUCAUGACAGAACUGAAAAUAUGUCUGCUUUCUCUAAGUCAGGUCCAGUUCUCAGUUCAAAAAUUAUUUGGUAUAGUUUUAUUUUGAAUUUUAGUUUUGAGAAACAACCUUUUUCAGUUUCAAGGAGAAAACAAAACUUAUGACUCCGGAGUUACCAGAGAAGUUCUAAGAUUUUUUGCUAAGUAUUAAAAAUAUAAGGAUUAUGUUUAAAAAUUACCUACUUUGUUUCUAGUUUUUACACUUUCACCUGACAGAAGAAGGAAUGCUCUGGUGAAAAAGGAAAAAUACUGUAGUACAGUAUUACGUUUGAGUUACUCUCUAAAAAAUCAUUUUAGAAAGUAAACUUCCGUAUCAAGUUGUCAAAAAUUGGUUGAACUGAUGGAGAGAGAAUAUUUGUUUAAUUGUUUAAAGUUAAAUUUCCCAAGUUUAUAGUAGAGUUAUGGUUGAGUGUAUAAUCGACUGAGUAACUAAAUCAAGCCAGUUUUUUUGUCUUUCUAUAACUGAGGCUCUUCUAAAAGCUUUAUUUUCUAACCUGAGAAAAGAAGGGUGUUCCUGAUCUUGCUUGAUUGUAAUUGCAUCUGUGGGUCUCUCAAGUUUAUUUGGGAUGAGUGGGGACUCUUUGUUAUAGGAGUAGUUUUGAAGAUUUCUAUUUUGUUUCCCACUUAAAAAGUUCCCUUUUUUUUUUUUUUUUUUUUUCCUUUGGGGUAUAUCCAUUAAGUGUAAGGUAGGCUGAAGUUAGACAAGCAAGAAUCAUUUCAAAUGUAGGUGCAGUUGUAGAAAAUGAUGGCCUGGGUCAGUAGGAUCUGGAAAAUUAGGGGUGUACAAAGGGUUGACUUCUUUCAAUUUAGAAUUCUUUAGUGUUUAUUCCAUGAGCAUAUUUGUUGAGUAAUCUCUCGGGUAACAGUGAGUACACCCUGCCUCUUUGCCUGUUCCAGCCCACCCAGCAGACUGUGCUUAGGGACAGACCAUGUUUUAGAAAUUCCUUAUUACCGAAGUUAAUAAUAUAAUAAUAUAGUUAUAAAUAUGAAUGCCUGGAGGUGUCCAGAUGUGCCUUAACUACUGUGAAUGCUUUUCAUUCAGAAGUUUAAAUUUUUACUCCAUUAUAAAAUCUUGCCAUAAGAAACAUUCCAAACCGUGAAGAUCAGUUAAUUUAAUGAAAUUUACAUUCCUGCUUUUUCAUUUUGGAGACAUUUCCAUUUGUAUCAAUAGCAUCAGUUGGAAACGAAGUGUACUAGCCACAAUGUUCAAAAAUGUGUUACAUUUGAGGAAAGAAGUAAGCAGGAUCUCACAGCAGAAAGAUUAACUUCAUUGUUACAUUUAUUUAUGCUUCUGCCUAAUUUUGCUACACCCUGUAAUUUUCAUUGUAAACACCUCUCAGUUACUACAAGUAAUAUUAAUCUGUGUUUUACUUUUGCUUUUCGAUACCGAGGGAUGUAGAGAAUGGAAUUCUAUUAGAGAAAUGAUUUAAAAGUUUAAUUCCAGUAGAUAGUUGGAGGAAUCUGAAAUUAAUUUGGACUUUUAUGCUGUAGUUUUAUUAGAAACAUUUAAACAGUACUGUUCUUGCUUUUUCCCUAGAUUAGAGAGAAUGUUUUUUGUCAUCUUCUGCUUUUUCCUUCAUCUGUUGAGAAGUUUACUGUUUUAGUUACUUGUGGGAAAUAACUUCUUAAUAUGUUUGUUUCCCUGAAUUAAAGUGUUCAUGUGGAGGAUACAAUUAACUGCUUCGUUUUAUGGCCCAAACUCUUCCUGGAGGUUGAGUCCAGAGACGGGGAGGUGGCCGAGAGCCAGAGUGGGCGUCUUGGUGAAGGGGCACGUACACUGGGCUGCAUCCUCUCCAGCGGAGGAGGGGUCUCCGGAGCCUCCCCUGGAUGACGAGGGUGUCGGACCCCGUGAUCGCUGUCUUCUAAUGGAGUUUGUGGAACAGUUACAUUAACUAGAGAGAUUAGUUGUGUAAUAAGCUUUGGUCCUAAGAAGUGUCCAAGGUCUGCACUCGUUGGUCAAAUGAACACCUUUUUCAUUGCUGGUGGGUUUAGUUUCAUGUGGAGGAGAGGAAAAUAACAAUCGAAACAAAAAAUUAGAAACUAACUAGAAACUCACUAUAGAAAUAAAGAUGUAACUGACUGUAGGUUUGUGGAGUGCCAGAAUUUCCUGGAACGAGGAAUAGAUGAGGAUGAUGUGCAGAAGCUCUACGGUGGGAACGUGCUCGGUGUGAUCCGUGCCAGGGAGAUCCGGACUGGUGUGAAUGGGAAGCAGUCCCAUUCGUGGUCUCAUCUGCAGCCUGGAUUCUGCUUACUCCACAGGAGGUGGAAACCUUUCACAGACUGAGAGAAAUAAUCACAUGAUCCGCCACCAGGUUUCAUUCCUCUGCCCGUGGUUCUACUGACAGGAAGUGAAGUGGAGGCAGUGGCUGCAGAGACGGGAAGGAGGUCCCGCGCUAGGCUGUUUCUGACGCUGUGACGGUACAGCCCACGCCAGCGAGAGCCAUGGCGCCUUCCUCGUGUGGCGCCAACAGUUAAGAGCAGCAAACCAGAGCAAGGGUUUGACAAGCGUUUUGUUCUUUGUCCUUUUAAUAAGAAGGUUGUUUCCUUGUUUCCCAAGUGAGCUGUCCACUCUUCUUCCGUGUUACCUAAGAAGGUAGAUGGCUAACUGGGUCCGGUCACUGUUUCAACUGGGAAACUGUUGUGUCCUUUGUACUUUGAGUAUUUCAGGAAAAUGGGUAGAUUCUUAGAAAGAUGUGUGCUUUCCUUCCUACGUGAGCGCUGACUCUCCAGCAGCCGUGGGCCUUCUCUGUGCUCUGACAUCUCCUGCAGGAUGAAUUACAGAACGCUGUGCACGUCCGUGCACACCAAUACCAUGUGUAUGUGGUAGGAGCUGUAACCAGUUUCUGGAUCUGUAUGGUACUAUGAAACACUUAUUUUAUAAUCCUGUAACUGUAUGGCAGUGUUAUGCCAGAAAAUGUAUAAAGUGCAGUAGUGUCUGUUGUUUACUGCUGUAUUUAAAAAUAUCGUUUCUGAAACUAUAUAUUUAGAGUUCUGUUAUUUUUAAUAACUAUUGCCAAAUAUACAUCCUGUAAAACGACCAGAAGCCACUUCAUCUUACUUAACAUUUUAGCAUUAUGCUGAUUUUGCAUGAUUAAAAUAUUUUUAAAGAGCUGGAACAAAUGACUUUGCUGUUUUUCUAUGAUUAGACUUUUUUUAUGGUUAUGGUAUGAGAUCAACAUUAUUUCCUUUUCAU